CCAAAACAUUCGAACAGUUUUUCUGUAACGCUAUCCAUUAUUUGGAAAACUUUCUUUUUGCUUCACAGCUAGCAGCAUCACAGAUACUAAAAAACUAACAAUGAGUAAGCGUAAAAAUCCAGCAGAUGCCGAUAAUAAAAAUGCAAACUUUUGCGACUUUUUGAUGGAAUUAGCAGAUUAUGAAAAAAACGUUAGUCGAAACAUACACAAGUAUAAUGCAUACAGAAAAGCAGCGAGUGUAUUGGCCGCACAUCCCAAGAAAAUCGAAUCUGGAGACGAAGCAAAAAAACUGAACGGUAUAGGAGAAAAAAUUGCGAAAAAAAUUGACGAGUUUAUACAGACAGGAAAAUUGAAGAAAUUAGAAAAUAUACAUCAAGACACAGAUGCCCAAGCAAUAAGUUUACUGACGCGAGUGUCCGGCAUAGGACCCGUAAAAGCUGCUGAACUUGUUAGAAAUGGCAUUAAAACAAUUGAAGAUCUGAAAAAUAAUGAAAAUAAAUUAAACCAUCACCAACUUAUCGGUUUAAAGUAUUUUGAAGAUUUUGAGCGGAAAAUACCACGAUCUGAAAUUCAAGAGAUAGAAACUAUGCUUCAAAAGAAAAUUGCAAAAAUAGAUUGCAAUUAUACAAUUACUAUUUGUGGGAGUUACAGACGCGGUAAGUCUGAGAGCGGUGAUAUCGACGCAUUAGUGACGCACCCCACACUAAAAGUAUCAGAAGGAAAGAAGAAACACAGUGAAGUAUUUCUAAAAACUCUUGUAGAUGAAUUGAAGAAAGAUCUCAUUACCGACGUUAUAUCUAUAGGAGAUACUAAGUUUAUGGGUGUCUGCCGUGCAUCAAGCGAGUCCUCGGCGCGUCGACUUGACAUAAGGCUGGUGCCACACGAACAGUAUUACUGCGCGGUGCUUUACUUCACGGGCAGUGAUGUGUUUAACAAGACCAUGCGCGCGCACGCGCUCGAUAAAGGAUUCACCCUCAACGAGUAUUCCUUGCGGCCAGUGGGAAUAACUGGAGUUCCCGGAGAACCGGUACCGAUUUCGUCUGAAGAGGAUAUUUUUGACUACAUAGACUAUCCAUAUAAAAAGCCUGAGGAAAGAAAUAUGUAAAUAGAUUAAAAAACACCUCUUUGUUUAUUUUAGUUUUUAUUGCGUCACAAUAAAACUAUAUCACAAAGUUUACUUACAAAAUUACUUUAACGUUAUUAAAAAAAUAGGCAUUUCUCAUUGUUUAUUUAAUACACACAAAUGUAGUAAUGACUAAAAAUAAUAGACUUACUUUACAAUAACAUUUUCAUAACUUUUAUUUACUGAAAUGAAUGCAAAAUACUCUGUUAAUUGAAACAUAAAAAUUCACUAAUAAUAUGAAUCGUUUCUAUCAAACAGGGGGAAGCACACGAGAAACUAGAUAAAAUAUUUUUAGGUCUCUAAUAAGAAUAUCUUUUAAGUAUUCUCUACAAACUAGCGGUCGAUAAUAUUAGACCAUAUCAUUUUAAAAUAACACUAUUAUGAUAAUGUAAGCAUGAUUUAUCAUUGGGUCUCAGUCUCAAUCUUAAACAAUUCAAAUACGAUUGAUACACGUGAUGUUUGCGGAAUGUAUGUGAAAUGUAUAUUUAUAAUAACUUAGGUAGUUAAAAUAAAUUACAAGUAAAAUACUUCAUACUCGUAUCGUAGUAUCCGUUACUAAUGAUAAUGGACUAGAAUAGUUCAUUCUCAUCUUUAUAGAUUGUCACAUUCACACGUUGUCUCACAUGCCUAAAAAUGCUCAAUAAAUUAAAAAUAUUCUAAUAGACUCCUUACAAAGUUUUCUACCAUUCGUUUUAAAUUUGUAGGUUUAAUAUCGACUUUAUUUUUGUAAUUGACAAAAAAAUUUAAUUUAGUCAUGAAGUAACCAUCAUAAUUAUACAAUCAUCCUAAUACUUUUGUAUGAAUUGAACUGUAACUAAGUGCACGAUAGUAUUAUCACUAAAUUAGUACUUAUAAAAACUUUAAUGUUGAAUUACAUAAUGAUAUAGGAAUUCUUAAAUCACGAAAAUACAAUAUUGCACCAAAUGGUACUUACCAAGUAUAUUACUUUUUUAAGCCUCUUGAAUUGAUCAUCUAACAUAAUAAAUGGAAUAAAAUGUAAUAUCUAUUAAUCAUUGAUAAUAUCUAGCUUUGUCUACAUAAGAAAUGAUAAGAGAGAGAGUUAUCGAACAUAUUGAAUAAUUUUUGUGAUGUAAAUAUUUUUGUCGUGUUUAUAAAUUACUGAGCCUCACUUGUCGUGUACAUAGGCAAGUUACGCAAUAUCACAUGAUAAAUUCAGUCUUUCUCUCAUAUCAUCACAUUAAGACGCCACACAAAAAUAAAACACAUUAAAUAGUUGCUAUAGUAAAGUUUGAUAAUUCUGAUUUCUUAGAAAGACCAAAUGAAAUCGCCUAAUUAUAGUAAAAUAACGCAGUUUAAAUUAUAUUGCGUAAUUUCUAUUUUCAUAAGAUACUAAUUAAUAAAUUACGAGCCAUUCGUCACAUAAUAAUCAAAUUUGUUACGCACACCAUCAUGAUUGUCACCACAUUUUGAAAUUUGAUCAUAGCCUUUUUUGCUACUUUUAUUUAAGCCCUUGGAUACACUAGUGACACAUGAAAUCGAAUUAUGAAAUAGAAAAAUGAAUGAUUUCUGAAAUAAUAACCCAGCAAAAUGUUCAAAAUACAAUGACGUAUGAAAUCAGCACGGCAGCAGAGCAUUCGCUCUCAGAGUGGAGUGGAUACUGCACAACGUUACAGAGUCACUUAUUUUAGGAGUCAUAGAGUAAGAUAGAUAGAAUAGAAAGAAGAAACGUAUUUGGUAUACGUAGCGCUCAUAUAUCUAGUGUAUCCGCAGCUUUAUGUUGACGGUCAGCGCUCGUCAGUGUAUGUGGGCGGAGCUUAACAUUUUUUUUAAA